AUGGAAGAUAAACCAACAAAAUUUAAGAAGAAAGAACUUAAAAUAUUACAAGAAAAAGAUACGCCACCUGAAUCAGAUUCUGAAGAUUUCCUGGAACGAAAUUUUGAAUUACAACAAGAACAUCAAGAUUACGAGAACCAGAAAAAGGCUGAAAAACAAAAGCUCAAAGAGAGUAUAGAACCAGUAUGCAAGAAACUGAAAAAUUAUAAUUUACUUAAGGAGUUGCCUAAAAUAACAAGGAAAUCUAAUAGAAAAGAAAAAGAAAGCACAAAAAAAGAGCAAAUUGAUAUUGAUAUUCGAUGUUUUUAUGAAGAUGAUGAUAAUUCUAGAAUGACGUCCGGUAAAAAAGACUGCAUCACUUUAAACAAACAAAAGAAGCAGAAGAGGUUUCUUAAAGAUAGUCUUUUGAACCUGCACAAAAAGUUUUUGGAGAAAUACGAUUAUAACGUCAGUUACUCAUAUUUUUGCAAAGCAAAGCCAUUUUGGGUUAUAGUUCCUACAGAAAAGGAUAGAGAGACCUGCAUGUGUAAAAUACACGAAAAUGUAGAUUUGCUGGCAAAAGCUCUUCACAAAAACGAAAUAAUCGUCGAAAAAUCUGCAAAAGAAAUCUUAUCUUCUAGUGUAUGCAACAUCUACAAUAUAAAAUGUCUGGAAAAUAAAUACAGAGUUUGCAUUAAUAAAGGCCUGACAAUGUGGGGCUCGGGUUUGAAGGAAGUACGAACAAAGAACGGAUUAAGAAUAAUAAAGAUUACCGAGAAGAAACAGUUUAGAGGAAAACCAAGUGAAGUAUUACUUCUUUUGUUAAAUCGUGAAGAAAGAUCUCGCAAUAAUUUCCAAAAGCAGUUUGAAGAGCAUUUGCUCCAAAAUCAAAAAAGUGAUGAGGAAGAUGAAGGAGAGCCGGCGUCGUGCUCGUCACUUGAAGUUGCUAAAAUUCAAAGAUCGGAAGCAUUUUUAGCUCGUACGAACGCAGAGUUACCAAGAGAGUUACAAGACAUCAAAACUGCGAAAUUUGAAGAACAAACGUUCUGUUUGUCUCAAGAUGUUAGCAUGAUUAUAGAAACGUCGGCAGUUAAUGAUAUUAAUUCAGAUUUAGAUAUUACCCUAGAGCCAUCCGAAAUUGUGAUGUUUGAGACAUCAACCCCAUUUGAGGCUGCUCCAAUUUAUGCCGAAACUUUAAUCGCUUUGCCGGGUGCUUCUACAGCAGAUAAUGAAGCUAUCUCCGAUCCAAUGAAUGUGUCAUGCGUUAACCCGUUAGAUAGUGAAUUUGACGAAGCAUCUUCCAAUAUAUUAGGAUUAGAAAAGGCAAAGCUAAGGGAUCUUGAGAAUAUAUUCGUGGGUUGCUACGUCGUACCAAUAAUGACCGUGGUAGAAGCUGCCGUGUCAGUUGGUAGUGUCACAGGUUCAAUCGCCAGCUCUUACGUUUUGAGGGCAGUUGGACAUGUAUACCUGUUAGCAGUAACCCUUCAAGUUGCUGCAUACGUUUUUACUAACGUGUGUUUGGAGGAACCGUUACGGGGUGCAGUCCAGGGCACUCUGUAA